AUGCAUCCCGGCGGCAAUAAGAUGUAUCGUGAUCUCCGUGAUCUGUACUGGUGGACAGGUUUGAAGCACGAGAAGUUAGCAAAUCUCUACAUCUCUGAGAUUGUAAGAUUGCAUGGGGUUUCUCUUUCAAGAUGUGUGAUUGAUUUUCGAGGUAGUUGGAAAGACUAUUUUUCGCUUGCUGAGUUUGCCAACAAUAACAAUUUCCAGUCUAGUAUCCAGAUGGCACCUUAUGAGGCUUUGUAUGGUCGUAAGUGUCGAACCCCGUUAUGUUGGAUUGAGUUAGGUGAACGUCGAGUAUUGGGUCCUGAGUUGGUUUUUGAAAUCGAGGAUAAGGUCAGACUGAUUCGGGAUCGUCUGAAAGUGGCUUCUGAUAGACAAAAGCUUUAUGCGAAUCUGAAGACGUGUGAUAUUGAGUACUCUAUGGGGGACUUCUUCUUGCUUAAGGUUUCACCAUGGAAGAAGGCAGUAGCGAGUCGAGAAGAUCGUGAUUCUACUCUUACAGGAUCAUAG